ACAGCCAGGAUGCCACAUCGCACCAUUCAUCUUUUCCGGAAGGGACUUCGGCUUCAUGACAACCCAACGCUGCUGGCUGCACUGGAGUCCUCGGAGGUCGUCUACCCUGUCUACAUCCUGGACAGAAAGUUCAUGACAUCCGUGAUGCACAUAGGGGCCCUGCGGUGGCAUUUUCUGCUGCAGUCCCUGGAGGAUCUCCAGAAAAACUUGUGUCAGCUGGGCUCUUGCUUGCUGGUUAUUCAAGGAGAGUACGAGUCUGUUCUUAGAGAUCACAUCCAGAAGUGGAAUAUCACGCAAGUGACUCUGGAUGCGGAGAUGGAACCGUUUUACAAGGAAAUGGAGGCCAACAUACGACGUCUGGGAGAAGAGCUGGGGUUUGAGGUGCUUUCCCUGUUGGGCCACUGUCUGUACGAUACCAAACGGAUUUUGGACCUGAAUGGUGGGACUCCCCCAUUAACGUACAAGAGGUUCCUUCACAUUCUGUCUCUGCUUGGUGACCCUGAGGUGCCUGUCCGAAACCUUACAGCUGAAGACUUCCAGAGGUGUAGGCCCCCUGACCCGGGCCUGGCUGAGUGUUACAGGGUGCCUCUCCCCGUGGAUUUGAAGAUCCCCCUGGAGAGCCUUUCCCCCUGGAGAGGAGGGGAGUCCGAAGGGCUACAGCGCCUGGAGCAACACUUGACCGACCAGGGCUGGGUGGCAAGUUUUACUAAACCGAGAACAAUCCCAAAUUCGCUGCUUCCAAGCACCACAGGCCUGAGCCCAUAUUUCAGUAUGGGUUGUCUGUCAGUUCGCACCUUUUUUUAUAGGUUGUCAAACAUUUAUGCUCAGGCCAAGCAUCACUCCCUGCCCCCAGUGUCACUCCAAGGGCAGCUUCUGUGGAGGGAAUUCUUUUAUACAGUGGCAUCAGCAACACCAAACUUCACCAAAAUGGCUGGGAACCCCAUCUGCCUUCAGAUCAGUUGGUAUGAGGAUGCAGAGAGGCUCCACAAAUGGAAAACGGCACAGACGGGGUUCCCAUGGAUCGACGCAAUUAUGACCCAGCUGCACCAGGAAGGCUGGAUCCAUCACCUUGCUCGGCACGCUGUUGCUUGCUUCCUGACGCGGGGAGACCUUUGGAUCAGCUGGGAAGAGGGCAUGAAGGUGUUUGAAGAGCUGCUUUUAGAUGCUGACUACAGCAUCAACGCAGGGAACUGGAUGUGGCUGUCAGCCAGCGCGUUCUUCCACCAGUACACGCGGAUCUUCUGCCCUGUCCUCUUUGGGAAGCGCACGGACCCCGAGGGGCAGUACAUUCGGAAAUACUUGCCUAUACUAAAGAACUUUCCCUCCAAGUACAUCUACGAGCCCUGGACAGCAUCUGAAGAGGAGCAGAAGCAAGCAGGGUGUAUCAUAGGUCAAGAUUAUCCCUUCCCAAUGGUGAACCACAAGGAAGCCAGUGAUCACAACCUGCAGCUGAUGAAACAGGUCAGAGAGGAACAGUACAGAACGGCCCAGCUCACGAGGGAUGAUACAGAUGACCCAAUGCAAAUGAAGGUAAAGCAUGACCACUCUGAAGAAAACGUAUCAAAAGGAAAAAUGGCCAGGAUGACAUAACAAUCUGAGAGCCCGUCAGGGAUUACCUGUUGGGAACCAAAAAAUGGCAAAAGGGGAGAGCCAGAGGCCAGCUGA